AUGGGUCCUUCAAGAGGCCUCUUAUUUUGUGUUUUCUCACCUGCAUUUAUUAUGCCAAUUAUUAAUUUUGCUGUCGGUUUAAAUCGACAGGACGAUGCGUGUCCAGUUUAUAAAGAUAUUGCAACAAAUCUAAUUGGUUCUGGAGUUUCAGAAUUUUGUCUUCUCAUCUUUUUUACCUACUUUUUCAAUCGAUUAGCUUCAGGAUAUGAUAAGGUUGAUGUUUUUACGACAACAACUACAUACGCAGAUGGUAGUAAGAAAGUUGAAACAUCAAAAAUGUCACAUCUGAAAUGGUUUGCUGGUUUAACAUUCCUAAGCUUCGUAGCUACCUGUUAUUUCUUUAUUGUUAGUCAUAAUACAUUUCGUGUCUAUCAUCGUAUGCAGUACAAAGAUUCUAACCAAGAUAAUUAUUGUUCGAAAACUCUAUAUCAAACUGCAUUUGCAUUACUCAUUGUAACAUAUGUUAUGUUAUUUUUUACUUUACUUUUUAUUCUUGUAUUAUGGUGUAAAAAGAAAUGA